AUGAUAAGUAAAUUCGAAACAUUACCAAAUGAAAUAUUAUAUGAUAUAUUCGGUUAUUUAUCAUGGGAUAAAAUCUUAACAUUAUUUUGGUUAUUAAAUAAACGAAUUAAUGUUCUUAUUUAUGCAAUAUUUUCAAUGGAUAAAUAUGAAAUUAGUUUCAACCAACUAGAUUUGUCUUAUAGAAAAAUUUCAUCAAUCUUAUUACCAUUGAUUUGUAAUUCUUUAUCUCUUUCAUCUUUAAUUAAAAAUAUUCAUUUCGAUGGAAGAAAUUCAAAUUGCUAUAGUGCUAUUCAUGAAUUUCUUUUUUAUAAUAGUGUUAAACAAAGCCUUCGCUAUCCUAAUCUCGAAGCACUGAAUAUAACUCGAUGUUCAUUAUCUCAAUCGUUACUUCAAAUAUUAUCGGUGCUCGUUCAAAAGCAAUUGAAUCAACUUACGUUAACAUUCGACGAAGAGAUAUUCGAAUCGAUUCGAAAACCAGAAGAACCAGGAAGGAUUGUUUCUCUUGAAAGUAAGUCGCUUCUGUAG